AUGACCCUCAUGAAGCUGAGGCCGCUGUACGUGUGUCUGGUGGUGCUGGGAGCUGUCUGUCUGUACCUGAGCACGGGCAGCUUAACGCUGUUCAGGGAAGACCCUAUCCACUUGCAGAAGGACCACGGCAAGUUCCUCCAGCUGCCGGUCGUGGACUGCGGGCAGGAUGCACCCUUCCUUCUCCUGCUGGUCACCUCGUCGCCUGAGCAGGCGUCCACCCGCGACAUCAUCCGGCGCACGUGGGGCGGCAUCCGGACGGCCCUGGGCAGGCCGGUCAGGUCCUUCUUCCUCCUGGGCAACCCCGCCAGGCCGGAUGUGCGCGCCCAGCUGGCCGAGGAGGGCCAGCGCCACGGUGACCUCAUCCAGAAGGACUUCCUGGACGUCUACUCCAACCUGACGCUGAAGACCAUGAUGGGCAUACAGUGGGUCCAGCACUUCUGCCCGCAGGCCGACUUCGUGAUGAAGACGGACACGGACAUGUUCAUCAACGUCCCCUACCUGGUGGAGCUGCUCCUGCAGAAGAACCGGACCAGCCGCUUCUUCACGGGCUUCCUGAAGAUGCACGACUUACCCAUCCGGGACAAGUACAACAAGUGGUUUGUCAGCAAGCAGGAGUACCCGGGCGAACGGUACCCGCCCUUCUGCUCGGGCACCGGCUACGUGUUUUCCAGCGACGUGGCGACGCUGGUGGCCAACGUGUCCGAGAGCGUCCCCUUCAUCCGGCUGGAGGACGUGUUUGUGGGGCUGUGCUUGGAGCGGGUGGGCAUCGUGCCCGAGCCCCUGCACUCCCAGCAGACCUUUUUCCCCGGUGGGCUCCCCUUCUCGCCUUGCCGCUUCCGCCGGGUUGUAGCCUGUCACUACGUGAAGCCUCAGGACAUCCUUAAGUACUGGGAUGCGAUGGAGAGUUCCCGGGGACAGGAGUGCCCGCCGUGA